CCCUCCGUUAGCAGCGGCUGGUCCUGUUCCGCCAUCUUGUGUCUCCGUUACCAUGACAAUUAACAGGCAAGGCUAAUUUUUCAUCCCGAUCGACGAAAUAUUUAACGGCCGCGUAUUUUUUACCGGGAAGAGACCGUGACAAGAUGUCCGGAGCGGCUGCGAGGAUAUUUAGGCCAGUGGUGGCCAGCUGGAACUGGCUACGUAUGGCCUGGGCGACGCAACCAGUUCUGUUCGUGUCUGGAGCCAUGGCAAUAGCUGGCCCACUAUGGGUGCUGGUGAGACCAGGGACCAAAGUGUACCUGCGAGAGAUAGAAACAUGGCCGUCACACUACCGAGGUAGGUUCACAAUCCCUCUGUGUCUCGAAGAAAGAAGGACAAGAGCAAAAUGGACGACUACUAGCAGUCGUAGGAGAAUGUAUGUUAUUGUGAAUGUGUGUGUGUGUGUCAUGGCUGGCCGGAGACUGCAGCUAGUGCCUGCAGGUGCUCCAGAGCUGGUCCGCGGUGACCAGAAAGACAGGUUCUAUUCCAGCUACCUCGGUUCCCUGGUGACAGACGUCAUUCAUCACCUUCUGCCCCUUCGUUACGUGCUUCGUUGGGAGCGGGAGUUUCAACUAAUUGCCGAGGUGUGGUACUAUGGACUGACUACAGUGUGUGGAAACCAGACUCUUGGGGAAGAGUAUUGCAACAUCGUCCAAGUGGCACCGGGAACGAGACGGAGCACCUCGCAACACACGCAUUUUGCAGUGCCAGGUUUUCUCCGGCGAACGACGUCCGUGUUACUCCAGGUUCUUGGACCGUACGUCCUCGAGAAGACACUAGGAUGGCUGGGGCAGAGGGUGAGGGACAGAAACUUAUCGCUGAGUUUGAGCCACCGGCAGUACGGACUGCUUGAGACUGCUCUUGACUGUGCAGAGGAUUUGGCCUCUCUGGUGCACCUACUCCAUUUGGGUCUGUUUUAUAUCAGAGGGCUUUUUCAUCUACUCGGGAAAAGACUGACAGGAAUUAAAUACCUCGUGGUUAGUUAUGAACCGCUAGAAAAUGACCAAUUAGUGCGGCAGGGGGCCUACAGAUUACUGGGCUGGCUGGUGCUCUGCCAACUUGCAGUAAAAUUACUUGUGUUGGUCAGGAAACUUUACCGAUUGUGGAAAGGUUGUGGACAAGCAAGGGAGGAAUUGGGAGGGAGUGGGAUAAGAGUAUUGUCAGAGCCAAGGGAGAGGACCGAGAGGAGAGUAAGACUCAAGUGUCCUCUGUGUCUUGAGCCUUGUCGCAGCGUGACGGCCACGCGGUGUGGCCAUUUGUUCUGCUGGCAGUGUGUGGCAGAGUGGGUCAGGGACCGCCGAGAGUGCCCUGUCUGUAGAGCCACUGUGGAGCCACAAACACUCGUCGCUUUGCAACACUUUGCAGUUUGAUGGGAUCACUGUGGAAUUAGAAUUCUGUUGUUGUAUUUUCUUCAGAUCUUCAAAAGUGGCAAAUUGCAGAUGAUAUUUUGUUGGUGCAACACCUGUGCGUGGUGCAGAUGGUGUAA